AUGGAGGAUACACGUUGGAGUGAUUCUAGUGACGUCCUUCAGGACAUCAUGGUCAACACUGUCGGCAACCCACAAGAUCCAUCGGACUUUCGUUCAAAUUUAGUUCUGGGAGACUCAGCCCCAAACCCACUGCUGGAGUUACAGUUGACUGCCGAUCUGGCCUCGCUCGAUCCAACCAGUCAUCCUGCCUUCUUGAACCAGUGGCCCUCUGCUGGCUCUCAGGAUUUUUACUACCCAAAUUACCCCGCCUCUAGGUUCGGUGCAGACCAGGAUGCUUGGAACCCGUUGCUAGCUGCUGGUGUUCCCGCUACCUCGACAGUCUCCCAUAUGCAAAUGUCUGACGCGGACUGUGCUUUCCCGAAACCCCACUAUAGAACCCCCUCUGAGGCUGGUAGUCAGUAUAUGGGUAGUUUGCACUCGGCGGACUCGGGCUAUGGGAGUAACAGUGGGGGCCACUCGGUUGGUCCAUCGUCGUUUAUGGAAUCGUUGUCGAGUCCACAGAUUGGUACCAAGGAGCAAGCUUUUGCCGAACCUAUGACGUUCUUUGACCAUUCUCGCAUGGCGGGUCCCACUUUUGCACAGCACUUUAACGAGUCUUUGUUUGACGCUUCGGUCAAAUGUGAUCAUCCGGCUUGCUCUUGGGUUGGAAAGUGUCCAUCUGAUAAGAGGAAACACGAGGCCCGCCAUCGGAAACUUUUCAAAUGUGAUGAGCCUAACUGUCCUCGUAAAGAGGGCUUCGGCACUAUCAAUGAUUUGGCCCGUCACAAGAAAUGUGUUCACAACAAGGAACCCGAACGCGGCCCGAAGAUGAUGUACCUCUGCUAUGGGAAGAAUUGUCCUCGUCCCAGCAAGAGAUGGCCGCGAUUAGACAACUUCAAGCAGCAUCUUAGUCGCAUGCAUGCCGAAGAAGAUGGAGAGAAAUUGCUGAGGAGAUCAAUGGAGUGGCAUGAGAGUCUCACCGGUCGUCGGUCUGACUUUAAACUCGAGGACACCAGCUCAGAGGUUUCAAUGAUCGACACACAAGAUCAUCUGUCCACCCACUCUGGCGAGAUGGAUAUGGAUUCCGAUGAGACCAUGCACCAUGCACAAGAUAAUGUCGACUAUCUCUCUUCCCAAGCGGCCACCCCCAGACCAGCUUCCAGCAACCCACCUUCUGAAAUUGGUCUUUCAGAUACCCAAUCACAAUUUCAAUCAUUGGGAUCUAUGAGCCUCGAUGCAUCCCCCAUACAAGAUGGUACCCAUCCUGCUACGGAACUUGGACACAUCAAGUCGGAGCCAAUUGUGACCGACGCAGCCGAUAACCUCAUCAACGCCAUGACCAAGAUGAUGAACAGCCGUGUUCGCAGAAACCAAAACACCGACGAAGGGAUUGAAGUCGAAACUGACAGUGCACUCUCCCAGCCUCAGCGACAAAUGCUACAGAAGGUGCUCUCAGUAGCCCUAGAACGGCUCUCAGAUGAAGCCCCAGCAGCACAGGAAUCCACCGAUGAAAAGCAGGGCUGGUUCCAAUGUGAUAUCUGCUCAAAGCGAACUCGCCUACGUUGCGAGAUGAAAAAACACCAAAAACGCCAUGAGCGACCUUAUGGCUGCACAUUCCCCCACUGUGCUAAGUCGUUCGGCAGCAAAGCUGACUGGAAGCGCCACGAGACCUCCCAACACCUCCAUAUCCCGAGCUGGCUCUGUGCCUUCCACGACCACUCCAAGGGUGAAUCAUGUGGACGCAUAUUUUACCGCCAGGAAACAUAUACCCAGCAUCUGACUCAGCAACAUCGGAUCCCCAAGACCCGAUUAAAGGCCUCCCUCUCCGCAACUCGUCUUGAUCUCGCCGACCAAUCCCACUUCUGGUGCGGUCUUUGCAGCCGCACCGUUCCGCUACAGAGCACUGGUUCUACAGCCCUAGAUGAGCGGUUCAAUCACAUUGACAUCGAGCAUUUCAAGAAAGGCGAGCGAGGCCAUGAUUGGGUUUCCCCGGAGUUUAGAGAGUCGGCUAUCCUGCCUGGCGCGGAGGCUAAUGGUACAUGCGUGAAGGCUGCUGGGCAACCCGUAGGGUCGGAGCUAAAUAAUCGCAAGCGCAAGCACACUGGCGGACAUUUGCGAUCGGACAGAGUCGAUUGA